CCAAAAAGGUCAAAUAACAAACUACAAAAAAAGUAUGAUUUUAAAGGUCGCAGCGGUUUAAUAAAACCACGUCCCCAGUCAGAACAAUUUCUGGAACUAGUAGUGUUGAGUAACCAAGAAACUCAUUUCCAUAAACAUCAGUUACUUCAGUUAAAACUUUACUUAAAGAACAAACACAAACAAAAACUAAGCGUUACUAAAUUAUUAUUGGUCAGGGCAACAGUAGAAUUUGUAGCGCCCAGCCCCCACAGAACCCACCCAGAACCUGCAGUGGGGCUUUUCAUUCGUUCAUUCUUCUUUUUAUUGGAUACAAUCCAUAUUCACAUAUCAAAUAUUUGAUUUAUAUUGUUUCAGGGAUGUAAACAAUCAUAUAUAUUUAUUUAAAACAGUUUGUAUAGUAAGGUUUCAGUCUAUUAUAUACCUACAAACUACACAGACGUGCAUGGAGUUAACACCAGGAGUGACGUCAGCACAGGGCGGGCGAGGGCUUGGCUCUCGCGCAGCAGGAGCGCGCAGCAGGAUGAGAGAGAAACGCGCGAGGCUUGCCGUUAUCGCUGUUGCAGGAUAAACAUCUGUAAAACAGGGCGUUUACGAUCGGACCAAAAUCUGCUUUAAAAUAAUAUCGGAUGCUCUAGCACAUUUCUACCGAGGAACACAUAAUUGGGGCUACGGACGAAAUUUCGGCUGUACAGCUUGCUUAAGCCCGGUUUCAGCAAUGGGAUGCACGUUAAGUGCAGAGGAGCGCGACGCUCUUGAUCGGAGCAAAGCCAUUGAGAAGAACCUGAAAGAAGAUGGAAUCAACGAGGCCAAAACUGUUAAACUGCUUUUGCUCGGUGGAGGGGAGUCGGGAAAAAGCACUAUUGUCAAACAGAUGAAGAUUAUCCAUGAAGAUGGUUUCAGUGGAGAUGAUUUGAAGCAGUUUAAACCUGUUGUCUAUAGCAACACUGUUCAGAGUCUGUUUUCCAUUUUACGAGCUCUGGAGACCCUUGGCAUUGAGUAUGAAGACAAGGACAGGGCUGCAGAUGGAAAGUUGGUCAUUGAUGUGGUAAACCGUAUGGAGGACACAGAGUCCUUCUCAGCAGAACUGCUGGCUGCUAUUAAGCGCCUGUGGAAAGAUGGUGGAGUUCAGGCUUGCUUCAAUCGUUCACGAGAAUACCAGCUCAAUGAUUCUGCGCAAUAUUACCUGGACAGUUUGGAUCGCAUUGGAUCACCAGACUAUUUGCCCACUGAGCAGGAUAUUUUAAGGUCGCGUGUUAAAACCACCGGUAUUGUGGAGACACAUUUCACUUUUAAGAACCUCAACUUCAGAUUGUUUGAUGUCGGGGGGCAGAGAUCAGAGAGGAAAAAAUGGAUUCAUUGCUUUGAGGGUGUGACAGCCAUUAUCUUUUGUGUAGCAAUGAGUGGCUAUGAUCAAAUGUUACAUGAAGAUGAGACGACGAAUCGCAUGCAUGAGUCCCUAAUGCUCUUCGACUCCAUCUGUAAUAAUAAAUUCUUUGUUGACACAUCCAUCAUCCUGUUUCUUAACAAGAAAGAUCUUUUUGGCAAAAAGAUCAAGAAAUCUCCACUGACUAUAUGCUUCCCAGAAUACACAAGUUCAAAUACAUUCGAAGAUGCAUCAGCAUAUAUACAGGUUCAAUUUGAAAGCAAAAAUCGCUCACCUAAUAAAGAGAUCUACUGUCACCUGACUUGUGCUACUGACACAGGAAACAUCCAGGUAGUCUUUGAUGCUGUUACUGAUAUAAUCAUUGCAAACAACCUGCGAGGCUGUGGCCUGUACUGAAAGCUUGCACUAAAUGGUUUUGUUAGUUUAAAAUAGUCUCAUCAUUAGUCCCUCAUUAUGAAAACAAGUGACUGAACUGAAACCCCAGCAUUUUAACUAGGGUCCUAUGCUUAAAAUGUUCACAUGUUGACUUCUUGUAGUUUGUUUGUUUUUCUUUAUAUUCUUGGCUAAAUUGAAAUGGGCACAGGUUAUGUUUGCAUGUGCAAUGUAAAUAGCAUUCACUUAAAGGCAGGACAUGCAUUAUUAUAGUGACCUGUCAAGAGCUAAAACAAUGUUCAUUGUAUAUGCAGACCAUAAAAAACUUGAAAUGUGAACUUUAACAAAAUCUCAGGAUCUUAGUUGGAUAGUUUUAUCAUGUAAACAGUUUUUAUUUUAUAAUAUCUUAUGAUAUGGGAGGUGGAUGCUAAUGUUUAUUGUUCGACUUUGACAUCUUGCUAAGCUGAAUGCCAUUUAAGAACCUGAAUGUUGUUUAGAGGCAGCUUCCAAGCCAUGAAGAGCCAUGAGCUUUCUAAGCCAUGUUACCUGAGCCUGCAUAUGGGUCAUGCUGUAAAAUGUGAUUCCUUUAAGCUAGUUAAAUUUCCUAAUCAGUGUGAUUCAACAGAAUUCUUCCAAGAGCACAAUUACUUAAUUUGUAUAAUAAUUUAAGUCACUAUCAACUGUUUGUUUAUUUAUAUAAAUGUUAAUGCUUGUAUGUACAGAUUUUUUAAUUCUUUAACUGUAUACAUUUCAAUAACAUUAGGUAAUAAAUACAGAGGAAAAAUAUCCAGCACACCAACAACUGUAAAGAAAAGUCAAUCAGUUAACAAAAAAGCACACCAUUUCAUUGAAGUAAAUUAUUAAAUGGAUGAGAUAUUGUUUGUAAAUUUUUUAUGUGUGUGUAUCAGUAUGGACAAUGUAUGCAUUCAUUCUGUACUUAGCCAUGACUAGUUACUUAACCACGUUUAUUUUAUUCUACCCUGUCUUUUUUAAUAUGUGCGUGUGUGUAUUUUAAAUGUUAACCGUUUUCUCAUUCAUUGUACUGCUGGUUUGAGCUGACCAGCUAGUAUAUUUACUUAAAUGUUUACAAUAAAAUUACAAUUUAGCAACUUUUAUAUUUACCAUCUCCACCGUCUGGCUCUCUUUGAAAGUGUAACAAAAAUAUUUGUUACAGUAUAUUUAAUGCAGUUACCAGGUGUCAGCUCUUAAUAUUACCAAAGCCAGUUUAUUUCAGUGCCUUUACUAUCUUUACGGGCAGGAAGCUGGCUUGGGUAGCACUGUUGCCUUACAGCAAGAAGUUUAUGGGUUUAGUUUCCAGGAGAAGUGGUCUGGGUCUUGUGGAGUUUGCAUGUUCUCUCCAUGUCUGUGCAGUCCAAAGACAUGUACGUCUGGUGAAUUGGAGAUACAAAAUUGCCUGUUACGGUGUUUGACAUUGAACUUGAACUGAUGCAUCGUGUGUAACAUGUAACUACCUGUUCUGUCAUGAAUGUAACCAAAGUGUAAAACAUAAUGUUAAAAUCCUAAUAAACAAACAAAAUAAUUACUAUC